AUGCUCCUCUCCUUAUGUUGGGGCUGUUCCCAAUAUACAGCAGCCAUGUGUCCUUAUUUAUUAUUACCACCAUUGCUGGUCAUCUGCUCUGAAAACCAUACUGAUCAGCAGCAAGAAAACAAACACCAGACUUCACGUCUAUUGGAUAGGGAUACCAAAGCAUAUUAUGGACAAGCUGCAGGGUCAGUUUCAAGAACUGGGAAGCAACAGGCAAAACUGCCAUCUUCUCUCUGCUGCUGGUACUGGAUAUCUACUUGUGUGCACAACGUCAUCUCAUGGAUAGUGCUGGGCCCUAACUUAGCAAGAAAAGACAUCUACCCAUCCUGGGACUCCAGUCACAUAACUGUACAGUGCGUACCAGCUUCCUGUACCGUGCCUGCAUGUGUUCAUCGCAACCUGAGCAUUGAGGUGUUUGGCCAAGACGUCCAUCUUUUCCUCCGUUGGCCACCCAGCCUUCCGAUCCAGGAAUGGCAGCCACUGCAGUUGGGCUGGUGUGCAUGCCCCAACACUUCUAGCAGAUGCUAUCAUUCAGAAUCCCUUCCAUUUGCUUACUGGCACAUUGGAGAAGAACAUGCCACAUGCACCUCCUACUUCAUUUAUCACCUGAUUGUGCACUAUACCCAUCAAGGAUUAUAUAUCUCUUCCCUUAACAUAAAGCAAGAGCCUCAAGUCAACCUCAGCCAGGACUUGCAAGUGGAACCUACUCUUUUACUCCUUUUCAGUUCCCAUUCUAAAUUGCUCAGCAUCCCUCAUAAGAUCAUCCUCCUCUCCUGGAGACUCCUACCUGUCAGUGCCAAAGAAAUGGACUAUAGGCUGAUGGCUGUUAAAGGCAGGGGCAUCUGGUCCACCUUUUACAAUCCAUAUGCCCUACAGAACAAUUACUACAUUGGCCCUAUUCCACAACAUUCCAGAAAGGAGGUAGUGGCCAGCAUCUUCUUUAGUACUGAAAAAUCAGCGCCUGGGGAGCUGAGUGGUGAGGUUGGUUACACAAAUUUCACCUUAAGUCUAACAUCAAAGAGUGAGCUUCCAACUUACUUCACUUUCAACACACAGAAAAUCAAGACGGGAACUUAUUUUUUUAGCCGAACACAGGGGCUGUAUUAUUCCACCGAAGAAGGAAAUGCUGCCAAUACUGCUGGAAACUUAUCUAAUAUUUGCUACAUUUUCUAUCAGCAGCAGAGCCUCUCUUACCUUAUUACCAUUGAGUCUUUCCAAUUGCACUGGUACAAAUUCAACAUAAACUUAUAUCUUAACAGGAGAGGAGCCCUUUUGAAAUCUUUUUCACAAAAGGAUAUAGAAAUCUAUAUUUUUAACAGUGGUCCUUCUUUCUUACAAAGUCUGGCCUAUGUUGUGUGGUUUAUUCCUCUGCAACAUCCUCUAUUGCAGCAGAAGUGGACCUUCAAUUUGCAGCUUUUUGAUUCAAGAAGGGAAUACCUUCUUCAAAAUGAUACGUUUACUUACAAGGAUCGAUUCAGAAAUGCUGCUCAUUUUAUUCCUCAAUCUACUUUACCCUUCAACCCUGCCCUGUAUGCAGGCUUUGUGGCCAAAACAAACUGCACAAGAAGUGGACGUAAACAUGCUAUUUUAAAUGCUACAGUCAACUCUUACACUUCAAAGUUUAUGGAAACCACAGUGGCCUGCCUUCAAAUAAUCUGUUUCAUUAAGAGAGUAAAAAUCCAGAAACCUGAUCCCACUCACUCUGCCUUAAAUUACAGUAAAAGGGAGCCAUUUACACUGUCUGCUGUUACACAAAUGAACUGCCCAACUCCUAAACGAAAAGAUGUAAUUUGGAAAAUCUAUAAAGUACCAGACAUGAACACUGCUCCAGAUUGGUCAAACCCUUUUAAUCCACCUGGCAUUGGAAGACGAAAUCGCAUCAUGUUAGAGGUUCCUGGUUCUAGCUUAGAUUAUGGUUUGUAUCUCUUUAAUUUUACUGUAAAGUUAACCACAUUGAGUACUCUGGAGAGCGUGGAAGGCUCUGAUUCAGUGUUUGUUGAGAUUGGGGCUCGUAAUCUUGUGGCUAUCAUUGCUGGAGGUAAUUUACAGACAGUGAGCUUCACCAGUCAUUGGACUUUGGAUGGAUCUGCUUCCUCUGAUCCUGAUGCAGCCCAGCCCUUUGAAGGACUCACAUUCACUUGGUACUGCACCAAACAAAAAGCAGAUUAUGAACUCAUGAUCUUAAGUGAAAAGGGGAAAUGCCAUCCAGAACAGGUAGAUUUGAAAUGGACAGCAUCCAGCAAUCCGAUUCAAACAGUGCAACCAAAAACACUUCAGGAAAAUGCUGUUUAUUAUUUUCUCCUAGUUGUUAGAAAAGGAAGCCGUACAGCAUAUGCAAAACAAAUGGUACAUGUGCGGCCUAGUCCUGCACUGGUGCUGAAUGUCACAUGUAUUGAAAAUUGUGGUACAUCAGUAAUACCAAUGGAAAGAUUUUGUCUUUCAGGCCAAUGUCUAAACUGCAGAAAAUCUAGCAGACCAUUCUAUCAUUGGUCACUGUUCUCAGAAAGCUCCACUGAGAAAUAUUUUGAUUGGGAUUCCAAAACUACAACAGGGAGAGCUAAUUCAUACAUAUGUAUAAAACCUUUGAGUUUUGUAAAUAUGAUGGAACAAUCUUACAUGCUUGUGUUAAAAAUGAUUACACAGCAAAAUGAAUCAUCAGUCUAUAAUUACUCCUUUUCUGUAAAUUCACCACCAUUAUUGGGAAAAUGUGUUCUUAAUCCCACUAGAGGAAUGGCACUUGUAACAAAAUUCAUUGUUUCUUGCAGUGGGUUUAAAGGCAAAAACUUGCCGCUUACAUAUAAAGUCAAAGCAGCAUUAGACACACUGAACAUUUCUAGAAUGACUUCCACGGAGGACAUGACCUUAGGGACAAUUGUAUACUUUGGUUAUCAGUCUAAAAUUCCACCAUCUUUUUUACCUGUUGGUAUACCCUCCAAGCAGUAUGCUUUGACAGUGUACGUUGAAGUAUAUGAUGCACUUGGAGCAUAUUCCCAAACAACCUUACAGACAACAGUAUAUGGUUCAAUAAAAGGGCAGCAAGCAGAUAUUUUUCUAAAUGAAUUACACAAUUUAGUUAGUGGACCAACAGCUCCAAUAGCAACUUUUCUUAAAAAUGGGAAUUAUUUUAGGGCAUCUUAUUUCAUCUACAUAGUUGCUUCUGCUUUAAAUGAUAUAGAUAUUUUGCAAAGAUUUCAUUCCUCUAAGACUGAGCUGCGGGAAGUCCUUCUAAAUAGGUCUGCAGGAAUUCCUACUACAAGCGUAAUGGAAGCAAAUCAAAUGAUCUCAAGUAUUUUUCAAAUAACACAGGAAGUCACUGAAGUAAACAGAAAAUCACAACUACUUGCAAUCAAAAAACUCAGAGAAGUGACUGAAGAACUGAAAAAGUAUAGCAACAAAGAUUUGGGAUCUAAGGAAAGAGAGAUUCUUGGCACUGCUAUCUUUGCAGGAUUGUCCAAUGUGCUGAAAGCAUCUUUGUUAGAACACAGAAACAUCCACAGAAAUGGGAUUAAGGAAACCAUCUACAUGACUGAGAUAUUAGCAGACCUAAUUUUACAAGGUAAAGUCCCAGGAGAAAAUGAAACUAUUAUGGAAGCCAAAGACUGGACCAUCACUUUAAGGAAAAAUGAAAAAUGGGAUGUUUCUGAUGAACCCUCCAGAAGAGAUGGCAAGAACUACUUUUAUUCCAAAAUGAAGCAGGAGGAUAAUGAUGAAUUACCAGGGGAUGCUGUGGUUUCCACUGUUCUUUAUGAGUUUGACAAUAAUCCUUUUCCUUGGUUGCCCUAUGCAGAUGAUAUCAGCACAAUGGUAACUGGAUUCAAGAUAACAGGAACCAAAUCUAAUGGUGACAUGAUUGGCAUUGUGCCUAAUAUUGCUGAAAUGAUCUUGACUAGAAAAGAUGAGAAGACGAAUGUCACCUUUGAGUUAAUGAUAAGACGUGACAAAAAUCUCCCUAAAGCAACUGGAAAGUUUAGUGUUGAAAUACUUAGGCAGUCCAAAAAUAUUUUCAUUCAGAUUGUACCAAAAAGGAAGGUUGCUUUCCAAAUAUUCAUAUAUCCAGGUCUCACGGUCAGCUGUGCUCCUAUAGCUACUUUCAAUGUUUCCUAUAACAAGCCUUCUGUAACAAGGGGAAAGAAUUCUAAUGACAAUGACUGUGCAUUUAAGACCCCUUAUAUGGUUUGUCUUUCCCAAACAUUGCUCAGAUCCCUAUUCCAAGGCAGAAGAGCAACCAAACUGAACGUCUCUGUUGUUUUACAAUCACCCGCAUGGGACCAAGAUACUCAGUUGGUUGGCAUUCGCCUUUUUACUGCUGAGUGCUUGUACCUGGAUGGAGUUGAAAGUCAUUGGAAAGAAGGCUUCUGUCAUCUUGGUCCACUGACCAGCUGGGAAAAGGUACAUUGCAUCUGUUCUGGCAAGAAGCGUAUUUCAAGGACUGCAAACCCUCAGCUAAGAAGAGCAUCAAGAAAUGACGUGACAUUUUUGGCUGGGAAAAUAACUGCAUAUUCCAAUUCACUAGAUACAAAAGAAAACGAAAACCAGUCAACUCAAAUACACAAAAAUCCAGUGACAUUGGUGACAGUUGCUUUCGUUUUUGUAUUUUACAUUGUCUUGGCUAUUUGGUCAAUGAGAAAAGAUAGGGCUGAUAUGAAAAGCACAGAUCAUGCCAUAGUCCUGCCAGACAAUGACCCUUUUGAUAAAGUGUGCUACCUGGUCACAGUAUAUACAGGCAGCCGUUUGGGAGCAGGAACUACAGCUGAUGUUUUUAUUCAGCUGAUAGGUGAAAGAUCUGUCAGUGACGUACACUGCUUAAGACACCCUGAAUACCUGACUUUUUUCCGUGGAUCCAUCAAUACUUUUCUUGUAACUAGUAAAAAAGACCUAGGAGAUAUUUAUUGUUUGAGAGCCUUUCACAAUAAUGAGGGUACUUCCCCAAACUGGUUCUUGAGUAGAAUCAAAGUGGAAAACAUGUAUACAAAAAAGUCUUGGAUGUUUAUGUGCCGAAAAUGGUUUGCUCUUGAUAAGGAAGAUGGCCUAAUAGAGAGGAUAUUUAUUGUUGCUCACCCAAAAGCACCUUUAAACAAACUGGAUUUCUUCUUGAUAAGCUUUGCCAAUGAUGUGGCAGACAGUCACUUAUGGCUCUCCAUCUUUGCUCACGUCUGCACUGGUUCUUUGAACAGACUUCAGCGACUGUCUUGUUGUUUAACAAUACUGUUAUGCAUUCUGCUUCUCAAUAUUAUGUUUUUCAGUGCUGACAAGGACCAGCAAAUGUUUUCUGAACAUCUACAAUAUUUGAGAUCCAUUAUAAUUGGAGUUCAAGGUGCUUUUCUUUCCAUCCCUUUGCAAAUGAUUGUAACAGCUUUUUUCAGAUAUUCUCAGGAGGAGACUUUGAUACAGGACACAACUCAGACUCUGCCUAGAGAAGGUUGUGCUUUCAUGUCUGGAAAUCUUACUAACUGGAAGGAGCGUCUGCAGAAAUGGUACCUGAUAGAAACUGCUUCAAAAGACCCAGGACAUCUUUUCCAAGAGGUCUCUUCCAAUAUCUCAGAAUCACACAAAGUGGAACAAUCAAAACAGAUAAGGUGGAGACAGACAGGGAAAAAAUGGACCAACUGCACCAUUUCUGAGGGCGAUGCAAAUGUAAUUGCAACAGAAGAUGACAUGCCACAAGAUGCCAAUAUCAACAACAAUUUAAAUAAUAAUUAUCUAGAGAAUCAUAUACCCUAUUCUCAAACAAGAUCAUUAAAUAUUGACAACAUGGUGUUUCGUAAAAGGCCACCAAUAAAACGAACGCCGUGGAAUGGGUAUGUUUUGUGGAUGCUGGUUUUGGUCAUUUCUCCAAUGUCAUCAUUUUUUAUCAUACUAUAUGGCCUACCCUUAGACUAUGAAGCAUCAUUAGAAUGGCUAGCAGCGUCUGCUAUCUCGCUGUGGGUGAAUGUGUUUUUGCUUCAAACUGUGAAUAUAGCGAUUUUUUCAGCCCUGAAGACACUUUAUCCUAAAAACUGUAAAAGCCUUCCAUGGUCAAGCAAAGAAACCUACAUAGAGAUUAAGCUAAGCGACAUAGAUAUGGAUGCUGAUGAUAUGCGUGAACUGCAUUAUGAUCUAGUAAGAAUGAGGGGCACAAAGGAGUACCAUCCCUUGGAAGAGGAUGAAAUCACUAUUUGUAAGAAAAGACAGAAAAUUCAACACCAAGCCUUUGUUUUUAUAAAGGAUGUCGUAUGUCAUUUUGUCUUUUUGAUCCUUAUUUUAAAUAUUGCUUACUCAAUGGAAAACACCACUAGCUUUUAUUACAAUCUGGACAUUCAUAAUAAAUUCUCUCAGGGACUUUCACAUGUCAAUAAAGUAGAUGAUAUUUACACCUGGUUAAGAAAAGUCUUUCUGCCUUUGAUUCAUAAUGACUACCAACCAACGUAUCUUUCUGAGACCUGGUCCAAAAUCCUUGGUUUACCCAGAAUGCGACAAGUAAGGGCAAAGAAUACUAAAAAAGAUUGUUUCUAUCCACACAGUUUUGUAAAUAAAUUUGUGAUUAGUAAAAGUCACUGCCUUCAUAAAUAUGGCCUUGACAAAGAAGAUGAUAGAGACUACCUUGGAUCCUGGAUAAACCCAGAUAAUUCAUCUGUUUCUAAUAAUUUCACUGAUACAUCAGGCUUCACUUACCAAUCAGUCACUGAUCCAUGGAUAUAUAGUUCCUAUGGAGAACUAAAUACAUAUGGAGCAGGAGGGUACACUUUAAAUUUUUACUCAGAAGAACAAUUGCCGAAUUCAACGAAAAGAAUUGAUAUUUUAGAAAGGAGCAGUUGGCUUGAUGAAAAUACCUGGGCACUGAUAGUUGAGAUGACAACUUUUAAUUCAGACGUAGACUUAUUUUGCAGUAUCUCAGUUGUAUUUGAAAUUUCUCAUUUGGGCCCUAUUAACACAACUUUGUGGAUCCAUUCAUACAAACUUCCAGUCUUCAAAGAACUAAGCAAGAGAGAAAAGUUUGUUUAUAUAGCUGUUGGUUAUAUUCUUGUCUUUUAUAUCAUAGAUGAGUUUUGUGUGGUGGAACGACAAAGGCUAAAAUAUAUCAAAACUGUUGCAAAUUUAAUUAAUUUUGGAAUAAAAGGUGUGUGUUUGUUCUUUCUUUUGCAGCUGGCCUUCAAAUUUAAGCUAGCUUCUAGCCUCACAGAGUUGUAUUUACUUCAGCCAGAUGAAUUCAUCCCAUUUCAUAAAGUUUCUCAUGUUGAUAAAACGUUGCGCAUAACUUUGGGUUUUUUGGCCUUCCUUAUUGUUUUGAAAACUCUCAGAUAUUCCCGAUUCUUUUACGACGUGCGUCUCGCUCAACGGUCUAUUUUAGCAGCCCUUCCUGGCAUCUGUUCUAUGGCUUUAGUAGUGGCAGUGUACUUUUUUGUAUAUAUGGCAUUUGGUUACCUAGUAUUUGGUCAGUAUGAGUGGAACUACAAUACAAUGACUCAUUCUGCUCAAACAGUGUUCUCAUAUUGUGUUUCAGCUUUUAAAGACACCGCCUUUACAUCCAAUAGAGUGCUGGGGGGUCUCUUUCUAGCUUCAUUCAUGAUGGUGAUGAUAUGUGUCUUGAUCAAUUUAUUUCAAGCUGUGAUUAUGUCUGCUUAUGAGGACAUGAAACAGCCUGUCUAUGAAGAGCCUUCUGACGAAGCAGAGGUAGUAAAUUUUCUGUUUAAUAAAGUUCGGAGAAUUUGGUUUUUUAUAACCUGCAGGAAAGGAUCUACUGCUGAUACAGAACUUUUCAAUAGAGUUCUGUUUGGACACCCUGAAAGAAGAAAUACUCACCACCUAGGCCUCAAAGCCAGGAAAAUAAAUGGCCGGAAAAUGGUUUAUCUUGUCAUUUGA